ACGCAUUUUCAUUGCGAGAGUUACAAAUGCUCUAUCGCACGUAGAAGAUACUGUAACCAACAUCUAUUUGCAAUAACAAUUCGUGUUGAAUAAGUGAUGUGUUGCGUCAAGACUUUAUCAUUCUUAGUUUUCCUUUGUACGACAAGACAUUAUUCGUAAAUGAGUUGAAAAAAAGUUCGUGGAGAAAGUUGGUGUCUCUGUAAUAAUGAUGUUAUAUACACUGGACAGUUUAAAGACAAAGAUACGUACAAGAAAUUACCGCAGUGCAACAACUUAAAAGAAAGUUUUUUACCUUUUGACUCUAUGAAAGGAAAUUCAAGUAUGCAAGAGGAGGUUAAUAACUCAAACGUUGUAAACGAUGCGAGCAAAGGAAAUAAUUCUUUAACGAUGCAACCACCAACUACAAUUCCUAAACCAAGAACUCCGUGUACUCCAAAUGGUUUAGGAAUGAGAAAACUAAUUCCUGUCACCCAAAGUCAAUUUAACGAAGCUCUAUCAAAAUUCAAUUCUAAUAAAACAGUUCAUUUAAAACCGAACAAAGAAGUACCGACAGUUAGGGAUACAAAUAUAAGUCCAAUAAAAAAAGUUUCAAAUGUUAAAAUCACAACAAAGGUUCCAGUUUUGAAAAUAACUAUAAAUAAAAAAUAUAAGAAGCCCCCUAUGAUAAAUUUGGAUAGAAUUAAACAUGAGCAGGAUAUUAGCAUUCAUACUGAUCACAGUAAAGUAAAAAAGUGUUAUACCAAUAACAGAGUAAAAGCUGAUUUAAAAAAUUGUGUACAAAAUAUUUUUGCCUCUCCGAAACCACCUGUAACAAAUUCAGUACCUGUCUCGCUUGAGAAACCUGACAUCAAAUGUGAAAUCACAACAACGGAAACAAAAAGUGUUUGUACACCUAAAGCUGCAUACACCAGGAAAGGAGACUUGUCAAGACAUAAUUCACGUAACCAGUCAUCAGCAGAAAAAAUACGAUAUCUAUAUUCAAAAGCCCAACGGGAUUGCGACAUAUUGAGAAUACGUUUGAAAGCAUUAAAAGGAAGACACAAAGAAGAGAAAGAAGAAAUGCAAAAGUUACAGAUACACUUAAAUAAUCAUUAUAAAAAUCUUGCAGAAAAGUCUUGUGAAUCUAUGAAACAAUUUAAAAAGAAAAAAUUGUAUGUAUCUUUAGAAAAUCCAGAGGAAAAAGAUGAAUAUGAAAAAUUGCUCAGAGAAGUUAGAAAAAUUAAACAAGACCUACUAAAUCCAAAUUAUCCUGUCAAAAAAUUAAAUAGGAAAUUAGCACAAACAAAUGUAUUUAAUCGUAAUAAAAAUAAAAUAAGUAAAGAAUAUAAAAGACUGACGAUAAAUAAUAUUGCUGGAACAAAUGACACAAACAAUGGAAAUACAAAUAUUGAAGUAUACGAUAUUGAUAUCGAAGCUAGCAAUGAUUUUGUUAAGAAAUCACAUUGUGAAAUUGAAUCCGAUAAUAUAAUAAUAAUAAAAUCUGAGAUAGGUGAAGAGCUAGUUCUUAUGGAAUCAUGAUAUUUUGAGUGACCCAAACAAGAUGUGAAAAGUAUUCAAAAUUCUAUGUACAGUUUAUGUGUUGUGUUAUAUUUAGUGUUCCUAACCUAAACUUUCCUUACGAAUUGGUACUAAACACGUGAAAUUUGUUUAACUACUUUAUGUAAACGUUGAAAAAAGCAAUAAUAUUUAAUAUAGUUGAA